AUGUUAUCGCAAAAAUACAACGGUUCAGGGAGCCCGGUUGAUUUGUCGAUGGUGGAGGUCGCUGUCGUCGAUUUUUCCAAACUCAACUGUGGAUGUGUCGCUCGCCUCGCCCUAACGCUAAGCGAGUUUGGGAUAGCUAUCGGUAAUAUAUUUAUCCGGCAACCGCGUCCGACAAAAUCCGCCCAGCGUCUUCCCCGUCCAGCCCUCUUCCAAGGACCUCCCUCGCGCAACGCGUCUAACUUGUCGCUACCUCCAGGACUCCUCAACCUCUCUCAGGAACCUGGAAGUGCAUCAUCUUCCGUAAAAGGGUCGCAAGCUUCCGUGAGGCAUGGCUCCUCUAAAGGGUUCCUCGGUGCUAGCACGGAGCUAGGCUCGCCCUUCCUCCGCCCUUUUCAAUCUCGGGCCCAAGCGCAAUCAGAUGAUGGAGAUGCCGUGUGGGAAGAGAUGCAGAGUACCCUUGCAGAAGUUGAGCUGAGUGCUGCUAGUGGAGAUCAUGCCUUUGGUGCGGAACAUGCAAUGGCCCUCGAAGAACUCCGUGUUAAGCAGCUGGCGCUGGCGCAGGCAUGGGCGAGAAGUGAGACGGACGAGAUUGCCGAUAGUUCUGCUAGUGAGUCUGGUCUAGGUGGCCAAAAGGGAGCGGAGUCUAUACGGCGCGCAUCAACGGCAACCGAUGACCAUGCACCCGAUAAAGUGCUGGAUGCGAAGACAGAAAAAGACAUCUUACUUGCAAGAAAGAGGAGAGAAGCCAACGACCGGUAUUUUGAACGGGUUAAUAGCAGCGUUCUAGAUGUCGUAGCGAAACUUGAUGAAGUUGCCAAUGCCAUGCGAGCCGUGGAGCGGGAGAGUAAAGAAAUUUGGAGCGAGAGCGAAAGCAUGGACUCUGCCGCAUCAAAUGGCUGA